GGCUAUUUGAAGCAAGAGCACCCUUGCUCUCGUCAAUUUCCAUUCAGCCCGCGAGAGAUUCGAACUUGGACGUCGAGUGAUCUAUCGCAUCUCUGCCAUAGACCGAGUGGGAAACAAUCAACUGCAUAUAUCUUCAAUAUGAAGGUGCUACAUUUCACCCUCGCACUGCUAAUGGGAGUCGUGUUGGUUGAGAUCGCCAGGGGUGACAAUGAUAUGGAUAUUGUCGCCGUGAAACGACCUUUCUGCAACGCUUUUACGGGUUGCGGAAGGAAGAGGGACCCGGCAUUGGCGGUUUAUCCGCAGCAGCAGUUACCAUUGAUGUACCGCGCGCUGCGCCUGUAUCCCAACUUGAGAAACGCCAUAAUCGAAGCUAAGAUGAGACAACGAGCUGCCGCCGAAGAUCCGGCUUUCAAUGUUGACAACCUCGAGCCUCUCGUUCUGCCCCCGGGCGCUACCGUUUAUUGAACGAACGAAAACUUACCUUUAUUUUUUCGGCCAGUAGGGUUUUUCUUAAUUUUCGAAGAACGAUGUAUUUUUUGGGUAGGUUAAUUUUUUUCUUCGUUAUAGUCAAUCGUUCAAUUAAAGCAAACGAGUGGAAUUAAGUUUUCGCCAAUGGCAGAUUAAUGCUGAAUUGUAUAAAUGAAAUUGAGUGUACUUUUGUGGUUCUUAUUUCGAUUUUAUAUAAAUCGAAGAUUUGCCGCUUGCAAAUUAUGUAACUGAACCGUGGUUAUUAUAUAUAGUUAUUGUGUUUUUUGUGAUAAUAAAAAUCUAAGAAAAUACAUGCUUUAGUUUAAACAAUUAUAUACAUUCGAAACGAUAUUGGUGCUUUGGAUAGAUACAAUAUAUGUGGUAAUGUUCUUAUAACUAAUAAUAACUCACAGCUAAAUGAAAUGGUGAAUUUACUCGAUAAAUCGUUAGCGACGAAUUAUUUACCUUAUUUGUAGUUUUAUUAAUAUUAGAUGUACAUCAUCCGAAUUAACAUUUUGAUAUAGUUAAAUCAGUAUAUAUUGAUUCCUACGUAUUUUUAUUAAAUUU